AUGCGAGUUCCUCCCCUGAUCUCCACUCCGGAUGAUGUCAAAACCCAGUUGGACCUACUCAAAGCCCUCGAAGACAUUGAGGCAGCCUUCAGCGUUAUCAAAACGAAGGGCAAAACUCUUGAUAUGCAUCCAGCCGAUAGGAAUUACAGCAAUCUCAAAUGUAACAUCGAACCCAUACCCACCAGUCACAAAAUGGAGAAAAUCAUUAAGGAUUACGUUCGAUUGACUCACGCUUCGACGCACAAUAACUACAGUUUAGAGGUGCUGCAAACUUUCGAGCUGGCAAAGAAUGGUGAAGCGGAGUCUUUCCAAGACUAUGGAACGCGACGUCUUCUCUGGCAUGGAAGUCGCAUGACCAACUGGAUGGGAAUUCUGGGUCGUGGUUUGAAGAUAGCUCCUCCAGAGGCACCUUGUACCGGUUAUAUGUUUGGCAAAGGUGUCUACUUUGCAGAUUGUGCGUCCAAAUCCGCCAACUAUACCCAUGCCCACAUAAGUGACAAUGUCGGGCUCAUGGCUUUAUGCGAAGUUUCCUUGGGAGAAAUAAACCCUCUUUUACACGCGGACUCCAAUGCAAAUAAUCUUCCCAAGGGAAAGCAUAGUGUUCAAGGCGUGGGUAGCAAUGUGCCAGACAAGUCGACAUGGAUCACUUUGGAUGAUGGAGUGGUCGUCCCGUGUGGAAAGAUGGUAGAAUCGGAUGUAAAGAAUGCCUCCCUAUAUUACAAUGAAUUCAUUGUCUAUGAUGUUCGACAAAUUCGUUUGCGCUACUUGGUUCAAAUGAAAUUCAAUUAUAAAUACUGA